GGUUGAUCUAUUCAAAUAUAUGACACCGGAAGUUAAAUAUUUAGACAUCGACUGUCAGGUGAUAAGAGUCUAAAAGAGGUGGAGAUGGAGAGACAGCUUGAAAAACAUCUCGAAGAAACAUGUCGUGUCCCUGGUAUAAGUGGUGCCCUCUGUGCAGACAACAAUGGCCUCUGUUUAGCAGCUCGAGGAUGUAAACCUGAGUUUGCAGGGCAAGUAGCUAGUAUUGCCCAACAAGCAGCUCAGCUUUAUCCAAAUGCUUCCACCACACCAGUCAUCUCUAUUGAGUCAGAAGGAGGGAGCGUUUUGAUUAAAUCUGAAGAUGACGUCACCAUGGCUGUGUUUAAAACUCCAUUAUAGCACUGAUCAUCUGCAGACUGAUGGACAUUUAUUUCUCAUUACACACGUUUUUGUUCAUAUUUCACUUCCUUGAUGUUCAUUAUGCUGAUUUCAUGUAUAAAACUUAAAAGA